GCGCACCCCCCCUCCCAGCGUGGGCGGCCCCGUGGAGUGAAACAUUAAACCGGAGUCGAGGAGGAGGCGAGGAGGGGGAGGAAGCUGAGUGGAGAGAGGUUGGAGUGCGGAGCCGCACAAACUGAGACACGGCUUGGAGAAUGUCCGCAAGUCCGCAGUGAAGAGACACGGAUCCGUGCCGUGCUGAGCCGAGCGGGGAGUACAUCCCGGAGCGCGAGCCGACACGGACAGCCGAAGGAGAACGGAGCAAAGCGAGCAGCCAAGCGCCGCGCAGGGAGGGGGCAAACUUUCCAAGCGCUUACUCACUCUCAACACACGCGAAGAAAGGAAGGGAUUAAGAAGAGAGACUUUCCCCAAAGAUCCUGUCGACAUGAAGACCCCGGGAGAAACAGGGUUUGCAUUCCCAGAUUGGGCCUACAAACCAGAGUCAAGCCCAGGCUCAAGGCAAAUCCAGCUGUGGCAUUUCAUUUUGGAGUUGCUGCGAAAGGAGGAGUACCAUGAUGUCAUUGCAUGGCAGGGCGAUUAUGGAGAGUUCGUCAUCAAAGAUCCUGACGAGGUGGCCCGUCUUUGGGGUGCAAGGAAGUGCAAGCCGCAGAUGAACUAUGACAAGCUCAGUCGAGCGCUCAGGUAUUACUACAACAAGCGGAUCCUUCACAAGACCAAAGGAAAACGAUUCACCUAUAAAUUCAACUUCAACAAGCUAGUUCUUGUCAACUACCCCUUCAUUGACAUGGGAAAUGGAGGCAAUGGAGUGCCUCAAAGUGCUCCACCUGUGCCCUCUGGAGGACCUCACUUCAGAUUUCCGCCCUCCACUCCUUCUGAUGUGCUGUCUCCAAACGAUGAUUUGCGGAGUCCUAAUGUCUUUUCUACUGUGGCACGGCGCAUGGCACGAGGAUCAGUGAGUGACUGCAGUGAUGGCACCUCCGUCAACUCUGAAAUUGAUGAGGGGCUUGGUGGAGGUGGCGGGGGUGUUAGUGGUGCGGCCCCUGAUGAUCGAGGAAGAGAAAUGUCUGCUCCCAGUGGAUUUCGGGCUAUCCCUCCUCUUCACCCACGACUGGCACCUGAAUCCUUGUUCAGAGUUUACCCAGGUCAUAGUCGGCCACAUCGAGUACAUCCGGAUCCUCUCAGUCCGUUCCCUGUUUCACCAUUACCUGGCCCUGGUGGGUCACUCCUUGCGCCUCAGCUUUCUCCAGCUUUGCCAAUGACCCCGAGCCAUGUGAACUACACUCCAUCACCAACACUGAGUCCAAUGUAUAAUAGCCAUUUCUCUUUUAAUCCUGAGGACAUGAAGCGCUAUCUGCAGGCGCAUACUCAGAGUGUCUACAACUACCACCUCAGCCCACGGGCUUUCCUGCACUACCCCAACAUCAUUGUGCCUCAGCCUCAGCGACCUGACAAGGCCAUUGGAGCCCAAGGACAGCACCAGCUGCAUAGUCUACACAGCCAGCCUCAAGGUGGUCAGUUACCUGCUCCAGCUGAAGAUCACCUCUCUCCGUUUAAGUUUAAGCUUCAGCCGCCACCCCUGGGUAAAAGAAAUCGUGAUCGUAAUGGAAACAAUUUACCAAGUGGCACCGUGGAUGGUACAGCAAGCGAUGCUAGCUCUGUGGGUGGUAUAGUGUCCAGCUCAUCAGCAGGGUCAUUGAGUGGUGGCAGUGGCAGUGUUCCCCAGAUAAAAGUAGAACCUAUUUCAGACAUUGAAUCUGAGGAAGACGUAGAAGUAACAGACAUAAGUGAGGAUGAACUCUCACGAAAUGGAGAGGAGGAUGAUUUUGGUGAUGAGGAUUUGGAUGAAGAUGUCUUUAAGACUCCUAAUCUUCCUCUUCAGUGUGGGAUGCAAAUAACACAACAGGAUGGGAGAAUCCAAAACUCUCAGUUGCAAAACACCCAAUCUUCUAGCCAAGCUGGAGGAUGUAGUGUGAAGGUUAACAGUGGAAUGUCUACAAUGUCAGGCAAACCUGGACUGCCAAAAUUGCCUAAGGUAGAGCCUGUGGAAAUGGAGCUUCAGACAACCCCAGCGCUUUCCUUUGGAAGCAUCCCUCAGAGUCCUGGAACACCAGCCGCUGCUGGCAAUGCCAGUAAAUGUAUUCCCCUUAAACUGCGCUUCAAAAGACGAUGGAGUGAAGAUCAGAAAAUGGAGGCCUGUGCUGAGGAACUGGAUGACAAGAAGGUGAGGGCAGAAAAAGACAGCCCCCACCAAGAACUGGAUGAGGCAAUUCUGGCUGAUGACAAGUAUAACCGAACCCCCGAACCUAAUCAGGAGGAAGAACUGGGCCCAGCCCGCAGAGUCACCACAGACUUGCAUAGAGCUACUGCCCAACUAAGCCUAGAAAACAGGGAUUCCUGAUUUGCCUGGUGGCCUGCAAAUUGCCCUUUUUGUAAAGGGUACACAUGCAUCAACGUGAACUGAUUGCGCUGGGCUGGUGAAUGGCAUAUUCUAGAGCAGUGCCAGUUGUAGAAUAGAGCAAGCCCUGGUUUAACUUGUAUCCUGAAAUUUUUGAUGGUUCUUUCAAAACAUGCGUUUACCACAGUGUGUGCAGACCCUCUCUGGCCCAAUCUAGCCUGGCCUGGUUACAUUCAUGCUCUACAUCUGAUUCCUCUGCUGGAGUGCUGUUUUUUUUCCCCCUUUCUUUCUUCGUGUGUGUGUGUGUGUUCCAAGCUUGCUUGUACUAAGCUCUGCUUUUGCUUUGCACACACUCGGCGACUCUGGUCCAAAGCUUCUCUAAUAUGUACGGCAUUCAUUCUCCAAUGGAUGAUCCUGUUUUGACUCCUGUCUCUCUCUAGGCCUGGCUGGGUCCACCUCAGUUCUGCACCUGCACUUAACUUGUCAAUCUGGUUUUCAGUACAGGGUACAGUCAGAUGUGAACAUAUAGAUGGAGGCACCCAGGUAAUGUGUUUGAAAGGCAGUAAUUAACAUUUUUCUGAAUGUUCCAUCUUUCUGAGCCAGUCCAGGGCUUAUUUUUUUUUAAGAAGGCAUCUCCCUAGACAUGGUUGGAGGGAGCAAUUUUUAAAUUAUCGUCUACUUGCAGAAAACCCCCUGCCUAAUGCUGCGAUACAUCCACCUAGUAUCAUCCAUUUAUGUUGUGGAUGAGUGGACACACAGUGUCCAGUGGAACUUAGAUGGUAAAGGGACUCAGAUCAUGGGGCGUCUCCCCAAACCUGCUCAGGACUUUUGUACUUAUGAUGCCUAUGUUUUAUAAUCAUGAAAGUCGAUCUUCUAGAGUUUUCCCCCCUCCCCGCAACCCUAUAAUCUUGGCAAAGCAGCAUGACGUUUAUUAAUUCUAUUGUACCCUGACCCUUAUCUCACACUGCUUGCCCCAAAAGCACUGGAGGGGUUUGUUUCACCCUUCUAGUUGGUGCCUUAAACUAACCAGACCAGCCUUCGGGAUGCGGUAGGCCCUGUGGUCCCAGAACCCGGAUUUAUGACCAGCAUUUUCAGAGGUGCCUGCACUUGGAAUGCAGUCUCUGGCUCACUCUCCAAAAAAAAAGUCCUAUUAAAACACUAAUUGUGCACAUUUUAGGCAUCUUGUGUGUGUUGCUAGGCAUUUGGUCAGCAACAGCCUCCAUGGCAGACAGUGGACUCUUGCUUACAGACUACACCCAAGGGGGUCCUAAGGCUGAACAUUGCUGUGCCUUGACUGGCUCUAGGCCAGGGGUGGUUAAAUCCCAAUCCUGCACAGCCAUAUUGGCUGCUGAUUUUUAUUCUAACCAAAACCACAAUGAGAGGAGGUUGUCUUUAAUUGAACUCCUUAAAGCAGACUCUGGACUCUCCAAACAUUUUUAAUACUAUAAAUGUGUAUUGCACUCUGAAUUGUUCAAAAGGUUUUUUUUUUUUUUAAAAAAAGGUGCAAAUGACAAUCUAUUUGCUGUCCAAAAUAGGAGACAUUAACAGGGUUACCAGAUGCUACCGUGCAGAUUUCUCCCACCUUCUUUUCCACAUGCCCCUUUGGGAUGACACACACUAUCUAUACACGUCCAAAAUCUUCAGGUAACUGUCCAGAUUUAAAAAAAAAAAAAACAUUUUAAAAGAGCAAAGCAUACCUUGUGAUGUACUUUUAGAUGUGAAAUAUUAAGAUAAGCAAGGAGUUCAGUUCAUGACGAGAUUCCUCCAAUGAAUGGGAAUCAGAAACUGCAGCUAAGACAACAAAAGUGACUGCCCUGGUCUAAGAUGCACCUAACACAACUGGAUGGACAUUUUAAUUGAAAAGGAGGAAACGUUUAUUCGACCCCCCCAGCCCAGUCACCUCAGUUUUAAAACUAUUGAACCUGUUUUUUUUUUUUUUUUUAAUCAUGAUAAAAUAUAUCUAUAUAUAUUGAAAUAAUGGAGUUUUAAGCAAGUUUCCUCACAAUGCAGGUUCAGCGGUGUGCUGUUAGUUUGGGGUGGGUGAAUAUUUUAAAUAAAAAAAAACAAAAA